AUGGCCGACAACCCCGAGCCUACUUCGACCUUCGAUCUGCCACCGGCUGAUCCCACGAGCAACCUGACAGAUAUUGCUCGAAUAUUCACCGAAUUCUUGGACGAUGAAACUAGGAAACCGAAUUACAGGAUCCUUGUUCGGAAGAUGGUCGAAAAGGGUGAGCGGCGGCUGAUCGUCAACCUGGAUGAUCUGCGGGAUUACAAUCGAGAGUACUGCGAUCGGUUGUUAAAGUCGCCAAUCGAACACAUGGCUGCCUUUGAGCUUGCUCUGAGCGAAAUGGUUGCCUCCUUGACAUCAGCAGAUCGCCAAACACAGAGGCGAUGUUACGUGGGGUUGAGAGGCUCUUUUGGGGACCACCAUGUGAACCCACGGACGUUGAGAAGUCACAUGAUCGGGAAAAUUGUCUCGCUGGAAGGAAUCGUCACAAGAUGUAGCUUGGUCCGCCCAAAAGUGAUCAAGAGCGUCCACUUUUGUCAAGAAACCAAUCAGUUUUAUGAACGAGAAUAUCGUGAUCAACUCAGUGCUGGCACGGGACCAACGAGCACGGCACUCUAUCCUAAAGAGGAUGCUGACGGCAAUCCGCUCGAAACUGAAUUCGGUCUGUCGACCUAUAUGGAUCACCAAACCGUAGCGAUCCAAGAGAUGCCUGAACGGGCACCAGCAGGACAGCUACCCCGAAGUGUCGAAGUAGUCAUGGACGACGACCUGGUGGACCAUUGCAAACCUGGUGAUCGGGUCCAGCUGGUCGGAAUGUAUCGAAGCUUGGGUGCCAAAGGGGCAGGUGGUGGCAGUGCGACCUUCAAGACGCUUAUUGUGGCCAACAACGUCGUCCUAUUAUCCUCGAAAGCCGGAGGCGGUAUCGCCCAAGUUCAACUCACCGAGCUUGACUUGCGCAACAUCAAAAAGGUCGCCAAACGGCGGGGGGUAAUCAAACUGCUGGCUGAAUCCCUAGCACCUUCGAUCUUUGGCCACGAGCACAUCAAAAAGGCAGUCUUGCUUCUCCUGUUAGGGGGCAUGGAGAAAAACCUUACCAACGGGACUCAUAUCAGGGGUGACAUCAACAUGCUCAUGGUCGGUGACCCAUCAACAGCCAAAUCGCAGAUGCUGCGAUUCGUCCUGAAUACCGCCCCUCUGGCCAUCGCGACUACCGGUCGGGGUUCGUCAGGCGUUGGUUUGACAGCGGCCGUCACGACAGACAAGGAAACAGGCGAAAGACGUUUGGAAGCCGGUGCUAUGGUCCUGGCGGAUAGAGGCGUGGUUUGUAUCGAUGAAUUCGAUAAAAUGUCUGAUGUAGAUCGGGUGGCAAUUCAUGAGGUGAUGGAACAGCAGACCGUUACGAUCGCCAAGGCUGGAAUUCACACCUCACUCAAUGCCCGAUGCUCGGUGAUUGCCGCAGCCAAUCCAAUCUAUGGACAGUAUGAUGUGCACAAGGACCCUCAUCGGAAUAUCGCACUCCCCGAUUCGCUUCUCUCGCGUUUCGAUUUGUUGUUUAUCGUGACAGAUGAUUCUGAUGAGCAUCGGGAUCGGAAGAUAUCCGAACAUGUCUUGCGCAUGCAUCGCUACUUACAACCCGGCGUGGAAGAAGGCACUCCAGCUGUUGAUGUCCUCCAGCAGAACCUGUCGGUGGGCAUUGGAAUCGAUUCUCUCGACCCCGGUGCUGCCAAGGAAACCACUGUAUUCGAAAAAUUCAACCCGCUCCUGCAUGCCGGUGUGACUGGGAAUGAUGAGGAGGGUCAAGGCGACCGUCGUCGCAAGGAAGUGCUGUCGAUAGAGUUUAUCAAGAAAUACAUCCAAUACGCUAAGAACAACUGCAAACCCGCUCUCACUCAAGACGCGGCCAACCUGAUCGUCGAAGUUUAUUCAUCUCUUCGAAAUGAUGACCUACAGUCCAACCAAAAGAGGACGACUCCGCUUACCGCACGUACUCUGGAAACUCUGAUCCGUCUGGCGACUGCGCAUGCCAAAGCGCGACUAUCGCCGACGGUCAGCACAGCGGAUGCGCAUGGCGCGGAAGCGAUUCUACGCUUUGCACUAUUCAAAGAGGUGAUGAAGUCGCGGAAGAGCCAGAGUGGGAACAAGAGGAGGAAGGUGGACAAGCCGAAGAAAGGGGUUGUGGGUUCCGAUGAGGAAGAGAUGGAUGAUGAAGACGAGAGCGAGGAGGAGGCUGAGGCUGCAGACCCAGCCCAGCCGGCCGGUCGCUCGAAGUAUCCGACACGCUCCCGAGGAACCGUGCCUGAGGCGACCGCCUCUGGCUCUCAUUCUCUCAACCAACAAUCAUCUGAGCAGAUGGAAGUAGAUCCUGUGCCUCUUCGACCUACUACGGCCCAAGAAUCACAGAUCACCGAUUCGAACUCCACAAGCUCCGCCGAGCUGAGUGUUGAAAGGAUCAGGGUGUUUAAGCAAAGACUGGGAGAGACGUUUAUGCGCUCGGAGGAUGCGAUGAUCGAGAUUGACGAGUUGCUGGCGCUGGUCAAUGAAGGAAUGGACCGCCGGAUAUUCGACCAGAUCGAGGCUAUCAAGAUCUUGACGAUCAUGCAUGAUGCCAACGAGCUUAUGUAUUCCAGUGGCUCAAUCUUCAAAAUCUAG